AAACGGAGAGGCGACGUGGUGACGUCUUUUCCGGCUGCGCUGAGGCGCGCAGUUCGAGCGCCGGGCGUUGCGGUGAGCCAUCGGGCCUGAACCCCACAACGUGGGGUUGUGCCUGCUAGACCGGCCUUCGGCGCUUCACGGGAGUCCCGUUGCAGCAGCAGGAGGAAGGUUUCCUGGGGAAGAGCUCUCUCUGCCUCCACGUCGCCGCUUCUCAAGGGUUGGAGCGUGGCCAAGGAAGGCUGGCGGCUGCCUCGUCACUCGCAGGGAAGCAGCGAGGGAAGAUGGAGGAAGGGAAAGUGUAUGCGUCGGAUGUGUUUGCUCACCUGGAGAUGCUGGAGAUGCGGGAUCACGAGGCAGCCCUGAAGGAAGAGGAAGAGUUGCUGCAAGAAGAGAAGCUGGCCAGGCUGAAAGCGAGAGUGAAGGAGCUGAGACUCCAGAGGGAUGAGCUACGGGCUAAAUUGGAUCUGCAGGAAAAGAGGCAACUUGAGAAAGAAGGACCCGCGUCAGAUCCAGCACAGUUCAGUCCUCGGGCUGUUUUACAGUGGAAGAUAAAAAGCCUUCAGGCCAUGCUGCAGGUCUUUUACCUCACAGGGAUCGGUGCGAAGCUGACCAGGCGGGGAGUGUGCUUCUGCAUCAGCACGGCUUACGAGGGCACCUACUUGGGUUCUUACUACCUGGACCUGCUCACCAAGUCAGAAGUGAAGAUUUACCGCCACUCGGUCCCCGCCUUCAUCCCCCUGAAGCAGAUCGCCGAGCAGUACUUGCAGACGGACAUCAGGCGCUUCUUGUCUGUCCUGUCUGACCAGCUCAAUGCUUAUGCUGGGAGGAGGUACCAAGCAGACCAGUUACAGGAACACUUUUCAGACCAGAUAAAAGGAACAUUGCAGAGAAACUCCUUGUAUAACUUGCUGGUCUUUAAUUACAACGUGUCAAGUAAAAGCAAGACCUUUCCAUUCAACGUGAGGCUGCUCUACGGUGAUCUCUGUUGCAGCCUCCCCACUGAAGUCAUUGUUUCCUGCAGACUGGAUGCUCCCGCAUCUCUAACAGAGACAGCCGCAGCUCACUCAGACCUGUUCCGCCGCAUGCCCCUGCACAAAGCCUUCCGCUCCUUCAGCAGCACAGGAUAAAGCCUGCCUGGAACACCCUAAGCCACCCUGGUCCCCCAGCUGCCCCGCCUGCAGGAGCUCAUCUCAAAACACAAGUGUUACCCAUGGACUGCUGCACCACUGCCGGGAACCCCCCUGAGGAGCGAGUGGUCCUGUGUGAAUCCUGAGCAAUGUUUCCUUGAGGCUUUCAGGCUCUCUUGUUGCAGGUACUCUUCCCUCAGCACUGUCCUGCUGACAUGUCUGAGUGCUGACCUCUGCGGUUGGUGCCACAGAACUCCACGGGUGCAGGAAAGGUCUCACAGCUGGGAUUAGACAUUAUAUUAAAUCUUCAAGACCUCAGUAUGUUGGGGGCAAUGCCCUGUGGGUUAUCCAGCACAUCCCAAAAAGAGGGGACCAAGCAGCAUAAUUUUUUCCUGCUUACUACAGCUAGGAAAGGACCUUGGGUUAGAAGCUGAAAGGGAUUGAGGGACAGAGGUGAGGUUUAGUUGUUGCCAGCAGCAAUCCCUGCCCUCAGCAGGGCUGUGUUAACCCCCAACCCCUGAGCCUGAGCACUGAAUUUACCAGAAAAUGUCCCACCAGCAGUGCCUUUAUACCUGCUAUUUCCUGCCCUUCGGGCAUGGGGCAGCUUUGCUGGUGCCCUGUCAUGCUUCAAGUCUGCAUCAGAUCUUUAAAACUUGUCUUGUAACAGUGCUUUAACGUCUUGUUAAUAAAAGUUGUGUGUUACCAAAA